AACUUGACUCUUACUUCCUCUGUGUAAACAUUGGCGAUUGGAGGGCAAGUUUCACAGCUAGUCAUGGGCGAGAACACUGUGUGUUAUUGUGUGUUAAAUUAUCUGUAUAACACAAUGUGACGUUUUAACUUUUGUACGGAGCUACAAAGUGGCCGUGAGUGGAAAAACGCUAUCGAAGAAGCUCUAAGGUUUGUAGGCUGUGUGGGAAUGGGUUCCAUCCCCUCCUGGUCCAAAUGGAGAAUAAAGGGAGCGACGAGGUGGAAAAAUUGAAGACAAAGUUCUUGUCAGCGUGGCACAAUGUGAAGUACAGUUGGGCUCUGAAAUCAAAGACCUCAUUCAGUAGAAAUUCCCCAGUGCUUCUCCUCGGAAAAUGUUACCAUUUUAAGGCUGAAGAUGACGACAGUCCUGCAGAAGCCUGCAAUGACACUUCUGAUGAGGACUUCAUCAUGGGGAAUGUGGAGGCUUUCCGCAAGGAUUUUUCUUCCAGAGUGUGGCUCACCUACAGGGAGGAGUUCCCUCCCCUACCUGGCUCCACCCUGACCUCCGACUGCGGCUGGGGCUGCAUGCUGAGAGCCGGGCAGAUGAUGCUGGCUCAGGCACUUAUUCUGCACUUCUUGGGCAGAGACUGGACCUGGUCGGAGGCGCUGGCGCUCCAGCCUUUAGACACAGAGACAUGGACUACCACUGCAGCCAAGCGUAUAGUGGCCUCUCUGGAGGCUUCUCUGCAAGGUUCCCACAGGCCCUCCGAUCAUGGAUCACCACCCAUGCACCAAGCCCAGGCCCAGGGAUCUGCAGAGGAGGCAGAUGCACAUUUGAAAGAGAUGUACCACCGCACUCUGGUAUCCUGGUUUGGGGACAGCCCCUCGGCUCAGUUAGGCCUCCACAGGCUGGUUCGCUUGGGCCUGACAAUGGGUAAACAGGCAGGGGACUGGUAUGGGCCUGCUGUGGUGGCACACAUCCUCAAGAAAGCUGUCGAGGAAGCGAUGGACCCUGGCUUGGCGGGUAUAACUGCUUAUGUCUCCCAGGACUGCACAGUGUACAGUGCUGAUGUCAUCGAUAGCCACAGGGCACCAAGAGCAGGGCAGGCCUCUGCUGAGAGGUCAGAUGUUCCUCCUUCCCCACAGAAUAACCAACCAGUGUCUACCUCCACCCAGUCAGACAGCCGAGCUGUCAUCAUCCUCAUCCCUGUGCGGCUGGGAGGGGAGAGGACAAACCCUGAGUAUUUUAACUUUGCAAAGAGCAUACUGAGUCUGGAGUACUGCAUAGGCAUCAUCGGAGGGAAGCCCAAACAGGCCUGCUACUUUGUAGGAUUUCAAGAUGACAGCUUGAUUUACAUGGACCCUCAUUACUGUCAGUCUUUUGUGGAUGUCAGCACCAGCGAUUUCCCUCUCCAGUCAUAUCAUUGCCCCUCACCAAAGAAGAUGCCUUUCAGCAAGAUGGACCCAAGCUGCACCAUAGGUUUCUACUCUAGAAGUGUUCAAGACUAUGAGAGAAUCAGGCAAGAGCUGUCUAAGGUGCUGCAGCCAUCAGCGAAGGAGAAAUACCCCGCGUUCACUUUCGUGCAAGGUCAUGGCAGAGAUUACGACCUGUCGGCCGGCCUGACCCCGGAGAAGAGAGAAUGGCCCUUCAUCCGUGACCCGCGGAGAACGGUCACCACUGCCGGGGACUUUGUGCUGCUUUGACAGCACUGUUUAAGACUACUGACAGGGAACUUCUUCUUUUAAUGACUCAAACUGCUUGAUAUCCAAAGCCUUGUGUCUGAGCCUGUUGUGACAGUGAAGGUUAUGGAACUUUUUUAAACUACAGUAUAUCAGUUUAUACGUCCUGGAAACUUUGCUGUUGCUGAGCAAUUUUUGCCAAAUUGGAACAUCUAGGGGAACACUAUUUUUUUCACUAUUUUGCACCAUUAUUUGUCAUUUUAUGGACUUGAGACAAGCUGCUGAUAGCGCCUAUAUCAACACACCAGAUUUUGGGAGAUUUGGUCAUGUUGAUGAAGUCUCAAAGUGAUUAUCUUAUAAUGAUCACUAGGUCCAGUUCAACACUUCCAUAUCAACAUGCUUUCAAAGCUAACAGUGUCUUAGAGCAGUAGUAACUAUGACUAAAGUGUUGGCCCACAAGUCUUUUCACAGGGCUACACUUACAGUAUUUAGACAGAGUUUUCUAAAGUGUAGUUAGCAUUGGACUAAGAGGAGUAUUGUAAAAGCCUUAAUUAAUAUGAGCUAAGAGCUCUCUGAAGAUUGAGCAAAGUAACUUUUCCAAACUUCUCUGCCAGAAACAUUUCAUCAGACUGGAUGAAUUCUUCAUUUGUCUGAAACACCUCAACAACAGAAGCAUAUGGGACACAUGCUUUGAAGGACACUUUCUCUAUAAUUCUAACAUGUGUGAUGAUGUGAUUGUUUGCUUGCCAUAGCGUGUUUUUGAGUGGUAUUAAUUUUGACUGAUUUAUGCAUCACAGUGCAAGUGACCAGUGGUGACAGGAGAGUUUGUCAAAGGGAUAACGUCAUGUGCUAGAUCUCACUAAGCACAUGACGUAUCUUAUAAAUUACCCUUUACAAUAGAAUUCUUUAGAUGUAAAAGUAUUUACUGCAUAUGUCUAACACACAACAGCUGCAGUCAAAACAUAAAACACUCUUAAGUCAGAUUCAGGGAAUUGAUUUAUAUAUAGUAUAGUAGUUGAAUUUAUCUGGAGUAGCAAUCAACACCACAUAAAGAAAUCAGAGGGGCAUGCUACAUCAACCCUCUUGUAUGUGCGGUGGGCAAUUAACAAUUUUGGCCUAUUAUUUCAAAGCAUUUUUGAGAGGUAUUUUUUCAUACAGAUUUUCUAACGUUUCAUGUUAUAUUUUUUAAUAUAUUUCCUACUUUUGAUUUUUUUUCUCCCCCAAUUCUUGUCUUCAGCAGUGAGUGACUAAAUGAUCUAUUGCUGUUCUUACGAUCUAACUACACCUUUACAAACUAUAAAUGAAGAAGUAUGCUAUAACACAUUCCAGGUUAUAAAACUUGAUCAUGCACUUUGAUUUAUCACUUCAAAAACUGAAAUAUUCAGAAUCUUUUUCAUGUGCUUUUCUGCAUUACAACACCUGCAUGUCUGUUUGCAUAAAUUAACUUAAAAACAUUUUACAUUUUACAAUACUGCCAGGCAAAAAAGUUUAAUAAAGUUAAAAUAAUCUUUCUUAAUCGGUUUGCUUCUAUUGGGUCCACUUGAAGAAUUUGAAGCAACUCUAGUAGAAUAAAAAAUAAUUGUUUGCUUCAUUUUCUGUGCUAAAUACAAACCUCAGUGGUGUGUUGAAAUGUAUUCAAUACCUUUCUCUCCCAGUCAAAUGUAGUAGAUUAAAACUAAUCGUACGUGCUAACCAUCUCUACAGCCCAUUAACCAGGGACUGGAAAAAAUGUGACCCAGUGACACUGGUGGCAAUUGUGUUCCUCUGUGGAGGAAACGAAAAUAUCCUUGUGUGCAAAGCUCUGUUACCAUGGAUAAUCUGUGUGUUGCCCCCUUAGUUUGAGCUAUGCCGGACUGUUUUCCUGUACAAUACAAAUUCUUGUAUUAUGAUGAGCCUUGCUUUUUAAAGGAGGGAACUGUCCUUUCUGUGAGGGAGCCAGGGCAAGGGUGAGGAUGGAUGGACAGAAUGAAAGAAGAAUCCCACAUCUGUUCUCUUCUCUACCAUGGAGAAGUAAUGACAAAACACAUAAAGGCAUCAUUAAGA